UUCUGCUUCAAGCCUUCAACCUGGACUGAAACAGAAGCAGAAUGAAAGUUGAGACCUUCAAUGCCGCUUUCUCUUCCGACGUUCGUACAUUUCACAGGCUUCCGAGCUCUUCAAUUUUCGGCGCAAAAAGGCCUAAAAUUUUGACUGCCAGACCUUCCAUGGCCUCCGGAUUCACCCGGCGGAUUUCGAUCCGCUGCGCUGUUCGCUUCCGGCCUUGCAUUGACAUACACAAGGGUAAAGUGAAGCAGAUUGUUGGGUCUACCCUUUCGGAUUCGAAGGAUGAUGGGUCGGUUCUUGUUACCAAUUUUGUGUCGGAUAAGUCCGCGGCGGAGUAUGCAAAGAUGUAUAAAGAAGAUGGGCUUACAGGUGGUCAUGUGAUCAUGCUUGGAGCUGACCCUUUUAGUAGAGCUGCAGCCAUUGAAGCUUUGCAUGCCUAUCCUGGUGGCCUGCAAGUAGGAGGUGGGAUCAAUUCAGAAAAUUGUUUGCGUUACAUAGAAGAAGGGGCUAGCCAUGUCAUUGUCACCUCCUAUGUAUUUAACAAUGGACAAAUGGACCUUGAAAGGCUUAAAGAUCUUGUUCUUGUUGUUGGAAAAGAGAGGCUUGUUUUAGACCUUAGCUGCAGAAAGAGGGAUGGUAAAUAUGCAAUCGUCACGGAUAGAUGGCAGAAGUUCAGUGAUGUGAAUCUUGAUGAGGAAAUAUUAAAUUUUCUUGCCAACUUUGCGGAUGAAUUUCUAGUACAUGGUGUUGAUGUUGAAGGGAAAAAGCUGGGCAUUGAUGAGGAGCUUGUGGCGUUGCUUGGAAAGCAUUCACCGAUUCCUGUAACUUAUGCUGGUGGUGUGACUGUAAUGGCUGAUUUAGAGAGGAUUAAAGUGGCAGGACUGGGACACGUAGAUGUUACUGUUGGCAGCGCUUUGGAUGUUUUUGGAGGCAACUUGUCAUACAAAGACGUCGUUGCUUGGCAUGCCCAGCAGGAGUCCUUGACUGUUUAGUGCAUUUCUAUUAUCUUUCGGUUCUGUGUGCGCACUAUUUUGACAUCUAGGUUAUUCUGGUUUCGGUUCUAUGUGUGCACUAUUUUGACUUCUAGGUUAUUCUGGUUUAUGUAUUUUGAAAAUUCAUUGCAUAGGAGAGUUCAGCUCUGUAACUUCGAAAAAUGCCGCGUUGUAAGUUAUGAGCUAUUAUUUUUUUGGGUCAGUGAAAAUUUGCAUCUGGAUAAUGUGCCGAAACUGAGUUUGGAGCCUUAAGAUACAGAUCAAGAUUGGAGCCUUAAGAUAUAAAAUUAAGCUCAGACUUUGUCAUGUA